AUGGAGCCGUGGCAGCGCCCUUGGUCAAAGCCUGAUCCUGAGUCAUGGCAGGGCUCCUGGUUGAAACCAAACCUCGAGCCAUUGCAGCGCCCCUGGUCGAAGCCUUAUCCCAAGGUGGGGCAGAACCACUGGUCAAAGCCAUAUGUCGAAGGAUGGCAGCACCCUUGGUCGAAGCCUAAUCCUGAGCUGGGGCAGGGCUCCUGGUUGAAGCCAAACUUUGAGCCGUGGCAGCGCCCAUGGUCGAAGCCAAACUAUGAGCAGUGGCAGCGCCCCUGGUCGAAGCCGUUUACCGAGGUGGGGCAGAAUUACUGGUCGGAGCCGUAUCUCGAGAAAUGGCAGGACUUCAGGUCAAAGCCGGAUCCCGAGCCGUCGCGGGGCACCUGGUUGAAGCCGUAUCCCGAGCCAUUGCAGGGCUCCUGGUCGAGGCCGUAUCCAGAACUAUGGCAGGUCCCUUGGUCGAAGGCGUAUGCCGAGCCGUGGCAGACGUCGAAGCCCUAUCCUGAGCCGUGGCAGGACUCUUGGUCGAAGCCGUAUCACGAGCCGUGGCAGGAUCCCUGGUCAAGGCGGGAUCCCGGACCUUGGCGGAGCCCGUGGUUAAAGCAGUAUCAUGGGCCAUGUCUGAUCCCUCGGUCGCAUCCGCAUCUCGAACCAUGGCAGAUCCCCUGCUCGAAGCCAUAUCUCGAGCCCUUGCUGAACCAUGACACGAAGUCGUAUUUUGAGUCGUUGCAUAGUCCCUCGACCACUCUGCGUCCCGAGUCAUGGCCAAGUGCAUCAAAUAGUUGGUCCGGGGCAUAUUACGAGUCCACUACAUGGUUGAAGCCACCUUCAGAAUCUUUGCCAAAUGUUUAUUUUCAACCUUCCAAGGGACAUCGACCAGCUUACAAUCCAUGGCCCACUUUUUUACGUCAUGCGCCACCCCAGCCACAAUCGCAGCAGCGGCAUGUGGCCGGAGACAGCCUUUCACCGCAGCCAUGGCUGGUACACUUGCCUCAACCACCAACGCAGCCCGAGCUAUUACCAUUGUUCGAGCGGCCAUUAGAACAAUGUUCCGGAUUUCCCUGUCCACCUCAAUGGUACCAGCAAGUUCCCGGCCCCGCUGUUCCGAAGCUUGAGCUUUCACCCGACUCGAGAGUUCGCAUUUACGGAGGCACGGAUCUGACGAGGAACGCUGCCAAGAACCACAUGACCUCCCACUACUUCCGCAUUACCCCGUAGAACAACCUGAGAGGGACGCAAUUUCGCAUCCCAACA